CAGGAGCGGCGGGAGCGGAGCUGGGGUUGGGAGCAGGGUGCUCCUAGCCCCGGGUUCAGAGCGGAGCCGGAGCACUCUUCACGACUCUUCGGCGGGGCGCCUGUCGCCUUCAUCGCCACCGCCGCCGACGCUGCUGCUGUGUGACUUCCCUACCGGCGUCCGUUGGCCCUGCUGGCAGUUGUCGAGGGUGUUUCCAAUCCAUCAGGAAGCCUGAGGAAAGAGGGUUCGAUCUCUAAGAAGUAAUUAUUACUCUACCUGUUUGGCCACAUCAUUUACUGCUUUCCUAUAACUGAGAUAUUGCCAAAGAGUCUAACUGAAAUCAACUGUGGAAAGAUGCAUCUCUAGUAUGACGACCCUUAGCAAUGUCAUCGCCACCCACCAGUCUGAGUGGGUAUCUUUCAAUGAGGAGUCACUCUUUCCUGUUACUUCAGAAGGUGAUCCUGAGAAUCUUGUUCCAGGGCUGUCUUCUUCCUCAGAAAGGUCAGAGAGCUCCUCUGGGGAAAACCAGACACUGGAUGGAGAAUCUCAAGAUCUCUCUCAUUCAGAGCAGGGUGAUAGUUCAGAGAAACUGGGUCUCAUCUCAGAGCCAUCAUCCCCACCUGACAACCUGGUCCAACCCAAACCAGAUUUGGCCUCCGCCAUUAGCACUUGGGUCCAAUUUGAAGAAGAUACACAAUGGACCAACACUUCGACAACUCACAAAGAAACAGCCUCACCACUAACCAUGUCCUGCUGGACAUGUCCCUCUUUCAACACCUUGGGAAGAUGUCCCCUCGCUUCAGAGAGCAGCUGGACCACCCACUCUGAGGACACUAGUAGCCCAAGUAUUGGCCCAUCUUAUAUAGACAUGCAAACUCUUGAUGCUGAAGAGCAAACAAGUGGUGGAGCCUCAGGAGCUGAUUCUGCUGAUAAUUCUUCCUCUCUCCAGGAAGAUGAAGAAGUAGAGAUGGAAACCAUCAGCUGGCACACUAAUGACCCAGCUAUGAAUGGGCCAGCUGCCACCCCAGUGACCUCAGUUCGUUUCCCCAGCUGGGUGACUUUUGAUGACAAUGAAAUCAGCUGCCUUCUUCCACAAAGCACUUCUACUUUACAGCCAGCCCCAGCUUCCAUUGUACCUCCUAUCCAAGAUGUGAAUUGUAACUUAACUGGAUCCUUUAAGAAGAGAGAACGUCCCAAGAGUAGCUUGGUAGACUUCUCAAAAGUUCAAAAACUAGAUAUUUCCUCCUUAAACAGACCACCUUCCAUAAGUGAGCCUCCACCUUGGAGGGCAACUAAUCCUUUCCUGAAUGAAACCCUGAAAGAUGUGCAGCCUUCUCCCAUUAACCCUUUCAGUGCCUUCUUUGAGGAGCAAGAAAGGCGUUCCCACAAUAAUUCCAUCUCCAGCACCACAGGAAAAAGCCAGAGGGAUUCCCUCAUUGUCAUAUAUCAGGAGUCAGAGGCCAUUACCUUUGAUGAUUCAGUUAAGAAGAGAACACACUCUGAUGCUGUUGAGAAGCUCAAACAACUACAGAUUGGGGAUCCGGACCACCUUGGCAGCACCACGCUACCUGAUGAUGACCCAGCAUCAUGGAGUGGACUGGAUGAUGAGCUGAAGAGUUCAAACCUGUCUUGGCCCAGAGAUGGUUGGCCCAUGAUGCUAAGGAUCCCUGAAAAGAAGAACAUUAUGUCUUCUAGGCAUUGGGGACCAAUCUAUGUAAAGCUCACAGACAGUGGCUGCUUACAGUUGUAUUAUGAGAAGGGCUUGGAGAAACCAUUCCGAGAAUUCAAACUGGAGAUGUGCCAUGAGAUUUCGGAACCUAAGCUCCAGAACUAUGAUGAAAAUGGGAGAAUUCACAGCAUGAGAAUAGACCGUGUUACAUACAAAGAGAAGAAGAAAUAUCAACCUAAACCAGCUGUGGCUCAUAUGGCUGAACGGGAGCAAAUAAUUAAGCUAGGAACCACCAGCUAUGAAGACUUCCUGAGUUUCAUCAGGGCAAUCCAGGACCACCUUAUGAGUUUGCCAGUGUCAUCCAUGGACCUAAGCACAGUGGGCUUGAACUAUCUAGAGGAGGAGAUUACAGUGGAUGUCAAAGAUGAAUUCUCUGGAGUCCUGAGCAAAGGAGACAACCAGAUUCUUCAUCACCAAGUCCUAACACAUAUUCACGUGCUAAGUUUUCUUUCUGGACUUGCAGAGUGCCAUCUGGGCCUCAAUGACAUCCUUGUGAAAGGGAAUGAAAUCGUCUCCCGGCAGGAUAUCAUGCCCACCACCACCACCAAGUGGAUAAAACUCCAUAACUGCCAAUUUCAUGGAUGUGUAGUUGAGGAGGUGUUCAACAACUCCCGGAUCAUCCUGUUCAACCCCUUAGAUGCAUGUCGUUUUGAGUUAAUGCGGUUUAGGACAGUUUUUGCAGAAAAGACCUUGCCUUUCACCCUUAGGACUGUGGCAAGCAUCAAUGGGGCAGAAGUAGAACUACAAAGCUGGCUAAGGAUGUCAGCUGGCUUCUCCUCUAAUCGUGACCCUCUCACCCAGGUUCCCUGUGAGAAUGUGAUGAUCCGAUAUCCAGUGCCCAAUGAGUGGGUGAAAAAUUUCCGGAGGGAAAGUGUUCUAGGGGAAAAAUCUUUAAAAGCCAAAGUGAACAAGGGGGCCAGUUUUGGAUCAACCAGUAUAUCUGGCUCUGAGCCAGUCAUGAGAGUAACUUUGGGUACUGCCAAGUAUGAGCAUGCUUUCAACUCCAUUGUAUGGAGGAUAAAUCGACUACCUGACAAAAACUCAGCUUCUGGUCACCCUCACUGCUUCUUCUGUCACCUUGAACUUGGCUCUGACCGGGAAGUGCCUUCCAGAUUUGCUCGCCACGUAAAUGUUGAGUUCAACAUGCCAACCACCUCUGCCUCCAAAGCCACCGUCAGAUCCAUCUCUGUGGAAGACAAGACUGAUGUCAGGAAAUGGGUCAACUAUUCUGCACACUACAGCUACAAGGUGGAAAUUGAACAGAAACAGAAUUUGAGAUCAGACUUUGAAGGAGACGAAAUUGAAAAUCCCAAGGAGUGUGGAGUACAGUGAACAAGACCUACUGCACCGAAGCAAUGAUGGUUUCUCAUCCUGCCUAAUAGAAGUACAAGUCAGUACUUUACCACAACCACUCUUCAAUGUGGCAGUGUCUUGGAAUUCCCUGCUCACAACCUCCUGGAUUUAGACAGGAAACUGAAUGGUGGUUGGUUUGACAAGACUGGUUGGCUUUAGAUUAUGAAUUGAACAUGUAGUUCAAUUGACUUUGGGGGCUUACUGUCCAAUUAAGCCUGCCUAUCUCCCUGAUUUUUCUCUGCUUGCCUUUCAGAAGUGAUGUGUGGUAUAUAGACUGCUUUAGACAUAACUCCUUCCAUCUUAGAGUUGGAAUAUUUCUCCAAGGUAUUUUUCUAUCCCUUGUGUGAGUUUCCUUUUUAAAAAGAGAGAGAUGUUUAUGUUGGGGAUUGUGUGGCAGACACAUAUUCCUGAGAGAUAAAUUCACCAAGUACUAAUAUCUCCAUCUCUUUAGUUUAGGAAAAAUUCAGAAGAGAUAUAAAACCAAUCUUCUGUUCUUCCUAUCUGGACCUCUUUGAUGUUUCCCCUCAUCCUUUAACUUUAAACACUAAACAACAGCAAGAUUUCAGAGUCAUUUUUAGUCUUCACUUUAGAAACACUUUCUUUAUCCUUCUAAGAUUUCAGUUCCAUAAACUUGCCCUUACAAGGCUGUUCACGCUAGGUUAUAGUAGGAAUUCAAGAUAAAGGCCCAGGAGAGUAGUUUUUAAAGAUUAGAUCAGUAGUCCUGUGCCAGGCAAUCAUUUGAAAGGAAAGAAAGUUUAUUUGAAUAAAGUCUUUUUCAGCCCAGAGCAUUAGUCACCAGUUUAUAUUCAAUUCAUGAGAGGAACACUUUCAUUCAGUGUGUAAAAUAAAUAUUGUUUGUAUUUAGAAGAACCUUGAAAAUAAAACAAUGACAAAAACGUUUCCUUAUUUAUACUUCAGAGCAGAUAUGCAGGUACUUCUUAGCACUUACAUUUCAUUUGAAAAUAAUUAAAAAAAAAACAAAUUUAGAACACUUUUAAAAUUUAAUUUACACAAGUGUGUCCAAAAUAUCAGUAACAUGAUAAAAUUAUUGUUUGUUCUUUUUAACAAGUCUACUAGUAGCAAAGACCAGUUUAAUAGAGAGAAGGAAGGUUUUGUUUUUGUUAUUGAAUGUAGAAUCCUGGUUCUGAAGAUAAUGCUUUUGGAACACUAAAUUUUCUCAACACUUCCCCUUACCUUAGCCAUACUCAGUGCCACUUCCUCCACCUCCCCCAUCUAGUAUAGUUUUGUCUGUCAAAAGCAUAAUUAGAUUUUCUUUCUUUUGGGUUGAGGGGUUUGCUCACUCUUGGCCCUCCCUCUCAUCCUUAUCAUCCUUCCAUAAUGAAAAACAUAUAGUACCUUUUAGCAAGUACUCAGAUGGCAUAAAACUUAUUAGAGGUAGGUACAACACUGGGACAAAUCAGAAUCAGAUAUUUUUAAAAUUGACAGGCUGAAAAAAUGAGGCAAAAUUAACUAAAUAAAUGUAAAAUCCCAUGCUUCCCCCCCCCCAAAAAAAAAAAAAAAAAAGCACACGAGGAGAAGAAAAAAAUACAGCUUAACCUAAUAGCAAUCCAUGUUGGAGGGAAAACAGAUGUGUGCAUUUAGUUCAUGAUGAAGUUAGUAUAAGCAAACAUUAUAUCAUUGCUGCUUUAAAAAACUAAUAACAAUCUUAAACUUCACUAAUAGAGAGAGGGUAUGCCGUCCAGAAAAGGCAGCAAUAAACACAUUCUUUUCCACUGGGUAGAUCACACUGGUUAAGUUAAAUUACAAGUUUGAGUAUGUCCACAAGGGGGCGACAAAAGUAAUAUAGGGUAUAAGAACUAUUGUCAUCUGAUCAACUGGAAAUGUUGAGCCUGGAAAAAGAAAUGAUUCCUGACUUCAAGCAUUUGAAGAGCUGUUACCCAGAAGAGGGAUUAGUUUUAUGACUUGUUUUUUGUUUCUUGUUUUUUUCCGCUUGACCCCAGGGAAUAGAACAGAAAGUUCCUAAAAUCUUUCUGCUGUCAAGGUCAUUAGUUCAGCCACCAAAAAAAGAGAGAGUCUUUUACAUUUACUUCAAACUUAGCCUGAAGUCAUUAGGAUACUGUGACUUUAAGUCCCAUUUAGGGACUUCUUGGCUUGGGGCAUUGUGUAUAACAGACCCAAGGAAUACAGCCUUUGGAAAUUAGCCUUCGUUUUUGAUGUGCAUACUUACUGACUGCUUUGGAAGGGAAUUUUUAUACUUGGCUUCAAAGAGUCUUCUCUGUGUCACUAAAUUAUGGAGUGAGACUUUUUUAUUAGUCACAACACAGAUCAAGCAAUUCCACAGGCUGUAAAAUUUAAAAUUUAAAAUUUCCUUGUUUUAGGCCUAUACUCAUUAAUCCAAGUAAAAGGCUAAGAAAUGAAUUCAGGAGGACCUGACAAAGAAGCAUAUCUAGGAUAGGUAUUUUUUGAACCAUUCAUUUCCUCCUCCCCAAACUUUUGCUCAUCCUGAUCAUUUCUUAUAUUUUAUUUGUUUUUUGUUUUUUUUUUUUUUUUUUGGUUUUGUUUUGCAUUUUACUGUUUGGAUAAAGACUCCUGCUUGACCAGUCUAUUUUUUUUUUUUUUUUUUGGUUAUUUCUUGUCAUUUUCAUUCUUCCUUUUUUUCUUCUACAACUUCCAGGACUCAUAACAUAUGAAAUGUAAAUAAAGAUAUUUUCACCUUUCAAAUGUGAAAUCAUUUCUAUUUUUAUACAGUUUUUGAGGGGGGAGAAAAGUGGGGAAGGUGGCAGAAGUGUAGUUUUAUUUUCCCAGAUAAUUGUUUAUACUAAAUGAACUCAAUACAUACUAAGAUUUUUAGAAGUAAAUUAGUAAUCUUUAGUUUACUACUCCUUUUGGGGGAGAUAUAGAAGAGAUGAGGGCAGGGGGACCAAUGGAGACUUUGCCUCUAUUAAGAAUUUUAAAUAUUCUUAAAAUAUUUUCUUCCUCUCACUUCUAAAAAUGCAUUAGCAGGUAGGCAAAAGACUUCACCUUACUUAUUUCUAAUUGCCUUUAGUCCCUUCUCAGAAGGAAUGAAAAUAGAAGCUUCAUUAAUUCUCACCUGUGCCUCAGUGAAAGCGCAUACUAAAGCAAGAAAUGCCUCCUAUUUCCCAAAGGAAUUCAAUCAUUCUCCUCCCACUCCUUUCCAUUUCCCAAUGGUAACAGCACUUAUCUCAUUUAAUGGAUUGUUGUAUUUAUUACGCCCUCUUCUUCUCUAUUUAUGACUGUUAUUCAAAGGAUAGUAAAAUAUAGAUAUCUUCUUAGUUCAAGGGUAUGGACUCAGUUUGGGCUCUCUCAAAGUUAGAAGAACCCAGACACUAAAAUGUUUAUUUUGGCCUUGGUGCAUCAAACUUUUACUUGUGCGAUUUUCCUCAGAACCAGCCCAGGAAUUAAAUAUAAUUUUUCUUAUCUAGAUUUUUACAUUUCCAUAAUAAUUUAGUAGAGUCUUACCUGAUUUGAGAAUAUAUGUAUAUGUGUAUGUGUAUAUACAAAUAAAUAUAUACACACAGAGAGAAGAGAGAGAUCAAUUAUAUUAUAAUUGAUUUCCCUGUAAUCUGGAAGAUAGAACAAUGGAAUAGUCCACAUUUUCCAGAAAUAGGGAAGCAUUUAAAAAUGAAAUCUCCUUCCUUCUUACCCCCACCAAAAUGUAUGUAUGUAUAUGUUAUAUAUGUAUGUACACAUGCGUACACAUGAAAAAUCUCUAGCCAAUCUUGGCAACUAUGUAAAUGCCUCUGGCCAAGGCUGUGACGUCCAGUCUCCUGAACUCGUUUGUUGAGUCCUGAACUCAUAUCUGUUGGUGCCAGUUCUCUGUAGUGCCUAUUCUCUUUAGCUUUGACAUCUCAUAAUUCCUACUCUGGCCAGAUUGGGAGUUUUGUUUGUUUUUUAUUUUUCUGUUAGAAAGAAAAGUAUAUUUUUUAUGGAAAGUUGUAUACCUUUCUCAGAAGUUAUUUAUUAAAAGAGAAGGAAUGUUUUGUCUCACCAGAGGUUUUAUAUCAAAAAUGGGAGUAAUGAUGGAUUUCAUGAAGUAUGUGUAUUUUAAACAAAUAAUUCAAAGUAAAGAGUCUGUAUGAGGUCAUCAGAUGUUGAAACUAGACAUGCGCCUAUUUAGCAAAGAUAGUAGAUGAAGAAUGGUGAAUAAAAUUUUUAUACUAUUUAGACCAUAUUCAACAGUAAUUGAGAGCUACCCCUUUUUUUUUUGUUUAAAAUUUGAAGAAAUAAAUGUUUCUCUAGCUUCUUCUGAAUUUCUAGAACCAAACAGUUUUCAAAGCCUCAAACCAAUAAGAUUGUUUUUGAAUAUCUAGAGAGACCUCUGCUUUGUUCUUCUAAAUUUAUUGGUCCCAAAAUUAAGAUGGUAGCCUGUUCCUUAAAUAUAUUAAUCUAAUGUGCUACAUUAACUUUGUUUAAACCUUGGCAUAGAUAUACCUGGUAUUUUACAUCAAUCCUUCAGGAAGAUAUGAUGGAACUAGAGAACUUCAGAAAAGCACUGCCAAAAUGGCAAAUGAAAUAUAGCAGGUUUCAUGAAUAUAGACUCAAAAUUCAAGACAAGUUGAACAUAGACAUAGUCACAAAAUUGAAGAAUAUUAAGAUGGGAAGUGCCCUUAAAUGUUUAUAUUAGAAUGUUGGAAUACAUCAUAAAAUGUUACAACUGGAAGGGUCAUCUUGAAGACUUUUGUCCAAAAUUUUCACCACCAUCGAUUGUAAUUUUACCGAUGAGGAAACUGAAGUCACAAGAGUAGAAAUGAGUCCUAGGCCAAACAAUGACAGCUAGAGUUUAGACCUUGUUAUUGGAAUUUGGAGACCCUACUCUGAAUUUUUUAAGUUUUGUGGCGUUGGUCAAGUCACAUCUGCGUUUCACCUAUUUCUUCAACUGUAGAGUGGCGAUGUUUCCUCAGGGUUGUUGUGGCUGAACAACACUUAUUAAACCAUAAGAUACUAUGAGAAUAUGAGUGAUUGCAUGAUGACUGCUUUUUAAAAACAGCUUUAUAUAGCAAGAUUAAACAUAAGAAUUUCAUUACCUUAACAAGUCAUAAGGGUUGAAAAUAAAGAAAUCAAAAAAGUUUAGAUGAAUCCAUGUAUGAUAAUUGACUAUCAAUCUAAGGGAAUGGUUAGUGCACAUCCUUAAUUUUUUAAAGACCAAAAUUUCAUGAUUAACACGAAUGAUUACCAUAUAAAACAAUUCACCUCUCUAGGCCUCAGUACCCUUAUCUGUAAAAUGAUUGGGCCAAAUUAGAUGAUUCCUAAGGUUCCUGCCAGCCACAGUAUUUUAUGAUUCUUUUAUAAAAUGUCCCUUAAUGCCAUUUGGUAUCCAAAAUAACAAAUGGAUCAUGGGUCUGACCCUGUAUAUUAUUUCUUGUGUUCUUACGAACCAAGGGAUUUUAAAAUUAUAAUGCAGGUAAAAAUUAAUUUGUCUUGCUCUGAAAUCUUCGAUCAGCAUUUCCUCUUCCCUAAUUGCUACUAUUUGCCCAGAAUGGAAAUAAAGGAAAUGCUGUAGUCUGUUGUUCUCCAUAAGACUUUUUAAUACAAAAAAAGAUAGGAAGAAAUUAGGCGACCAGAGCAGAGUAGAGAUAAUUAAUUGGAGAAUAGCACCCCAUGAACUGUUUGGAGUAAGAGGGUUUGCUCUAUAUCUUUGAGGGAACCUAACCUCUAAACGAGUGAGUAAAAUAUCAGAAUUAUGAGAAUUAGAAACAACCAGAACAUCCUUUAAUUGGGUUGAAUAAUAGAAAGCUUUCAUUAGACCUUGAAAAGCCUUAUCAGGCUAAUAUUGCUUGGCCUCAAAUUAUUUAUAUAUUCCUAUAAAAAUGUUUAAGAUGGAGAAGAGAGGUAAAUAUACUUGGCACUUUUGUAUGAAAAGUAAAACCAAGAGAUUUUGCUCUGCCAAACUAUCUUUUUACCUUACCUUGCCUACCUUCUUACCUGAGUGAAAGUAUAUCUUUUGCCUCUAUAGCAUCAAAAUUAUUAAAAAAUGAGAUGUAUAAUUAGUUAACAUCCUAUAAUUCUUUCAAAAAUAUUGCAUAUUAUUCAAGUCUUAGAAGCUCAAAUCAGAGGGCUUGGGUUCUAAAACUGCCUCAAGUCCCUAGAUCUCAGUUCUCUCAUCUAUAAAAUGAGAGGUUUGUAAUAAAUCAACUGUGAAUUCCCUUCCAGGUCUUUAUAAAUCUGAAAAUUCUUCAACCAAGCUCUUGGAAAUACUCUCCAUUUUUUUUAAAGCUACAAACAUCUCACCAAGGGCCAGCUACAAAAUAUCAUUUCUUCUUUUACUUGUGAUAUGCUUAAGCAUGUUUUGAAUUAAUUUUAAUUGAGUUGAAACUGUUCAAACCCAGUAAAGAGUGCCUGUCUCUGCUUCUCUUCCCUACUUACGUUCUGCCUCUGGUGUUAUCUUGGGCACCCAUUCUAGCCAAACUGUGAUUUCAUGAAGCCUUAAGCACCAUCACCUCACCUCAGAGUGCUUUAGGGCCAGCUGUACAUAUACCAUAUAGUGUCUUAUGGAAAGGUUAAUGAAAACAUUAACUGGAAACAUGCAGAAGCCCUCUCAGAAGCUUAUAGCCAUGUCGGCAUAGGAAUUCAAGUGUUCCAAAGUGAAACAGGUUCCUAAGAGUGCCAGGAUAACCAAAAUUGAAGUCAAGUAGACAUUUAAUCUUUAUUUCCAAUGGCUGAUAGAUCCUGGAAGAUUGCUUUGGUACUUUCAUGGGAUAAACUAGAAACAGAAAAAUUAAACCAAAAUUGAAGUCAAGUAGACAUUUAAUCUUUAUUUCCAAUGGCUGAUAGAUCCUGGAAGGUUGCUUUGGUAUUUUCAUGGGAUAAACUAGAAACAGAAAAAUUCUGAUAAGGGGUGACUUAGCUGUAUGCCUCUUGCAUACAUCUUGGCAUAGUGAAAGGUUUUGUGAUCAAAAGACCUAGGCAGGAAAUCUCAACUCUACCACUUUUCCCCUAAGUGACUUUGAAAAAGCCACUUCUUCCCAGAUUCCUCAGUCCCCUUAUCUGCAAAAUAAGGGUAUUGGGCUAAAUGAUGUCUAAGGCCUUCUCAAGCUCUGAAUCUUCCUAUGAUCUUGUCUGUAACAAAUUCUAAACCAUCAGAAUGGCUGAGACUAGAAUCUCAUUUUAGCUGCUCUUACACUUGUUCAUCAUUUAUUUUCACUUAAUGUAACUCCUUGCACUAUUGUAAUUGAUUUUAUGUAAUAAGCAGUUUAAUUUUUUUAUAUGUGCAUAUAUAAUAAAGUCUACACACUGGCCAACUUUGUAGAAAUGGAAUUUGUUUGUUUUCACAUUCCUAUUGAGGAUAAUGAGUGAUGCCAAUUUUUGUUAAUAGAAAUGAACUGUUAAUAAAAAGUUUUCAAAGUUGUUUUUUUGUUGAAAUUUGAUGUAGAUCAUGUAUGAUUUAAGAGUAAUAUCGCAUACUUUUCAGAGCUAAAGUUCAUCGGUGUGUCAUUGAUUAGCCAUUGUCCAUCAGUGAUUCUUAGUGCAUAUUAGCAUGAUAAGUGCUUAAUAAAUGCUUUUACAUUCAUUCAA